CAGUCAACUGACCUGUGCCUUUUUUAAGCCGCUUGGAAAAUUCCAGAAAAUUAUGUCAUGGCUUCUGAUAGGCUAAUUGAUCUAAUUUGAGAAUUGUCGAUGUUCUCUUCCUGUGCAUUACAGGAGCAUGAUUAGCCCGUAGCUAGUCACACGACCUAACGUAACAUAUCAUAACAUGUAGUGUUAAUGUUCUCUUACGUGUCUUCUGUUGCAGGUGCAUGAUGAGCGUGCUGGGCCGUAGCUCUCGUAGCUAGUCACACGGUGGGUGGGAGGGACUCCGUCCGCACCACCAGCACACUGCACCAUGGUCAAACCCGGGACAGACAGAGAUGGAGCCAUGGUGGACAAACCCACGGGGAAGAAGAGCAAAGAUAAGAUUUCCCUGUUCACCAAGACUCCGAAGCUUGACCGCAGUGAGUUUCUGGGGGGGAAAGAAGGGAAACCACCCAAGUCUUCCAUGAAACGCAAACUGUCCUUCACCGUGAGCCCCCCUCGCAGCAAGGAGAGAGAAUCAGACACAGAUGAGUCAGACCCAGGCCAGUCCACUGAGUCCUGGGAAGAGUCUGAGGGGAGGUUAGUGACUCCCUGCAGGAUGUGUUCAGCAGAUAAAGAUGGGCCGGAUAAGAAGAAAGUCAAGAAGGAGUCUGGGGGGAGUAAGAAGGCCCCGGUUAAUCUUCUGUUUGGUUACCCGCUGUCUGAACGCAAACAGAUGGCCUUACUGAUGCAAAUGACUGCCAUGGACAACAGCCCAGACUCGACCCCUAGCCACCCGUCCCAGGCCCUCCCCGUGCAGAAGAAGCUCCCCAGCAGUACGGCCUCCAGGGCGAGGGACAAGGUGAACAAGAGGAACGAGCGUGGCGAAACGCCGCUACACAUGGCCGCCAUACGAGGGGACGCCAAGCAUGUCAAGGAGAUCAUCAGCCUGGGAGCUGAUGUCAACGUCAAAGACUUUGCAGGCUGGACCCCUCUUCACGAGGCAUGUAACCUCGGUUACUACGACGUGGCCAAGGUUCUGAUCGCGGCCGGCGCUGAAGUCAACACCCAGGGUCUGGACGAUGACACGCCGCUCCACGAUGCCUCCAGUAGUGGACAUACAGACAUUGUGAAGCUGCUGCUGAGACAUGGAGGCAAUGCGUUCCAGGCCAACAAGCGAGGGGAGCGGCCCGUGGACAUCGCUGAUUCCCACGAGCUAGAGCUCCUCCUAAAGGGAGAGGUGCCCCUCUCAGACCCAGAGGAUAGCUCCUCAGAGUCUGAAGACCCUCCGUCUGUAAACCCCUCAAGUGUGGACGUGGAUGAUGACCACAUGGAUGACUCGGACGUGGAGAAGGUCUCUGAAGGCAAACGGAGCACCGUGAAGGCCUCACCCUCCAUGUCCGGCCUGGACGAGUAUGAGUUCAAAGACGAGGAGGAAGAAGACCUGAGUAAAGCCCUGAACGACAGACACAUCCUCCGGAGAGAACUGAGGCAGGAAGAGAAGGAUCAUUUGGCCGUGAAGCAGAGCGGUAAAGGGGACGGGAGCGGCUCUGUCCAGUCUAAGAAGACGAAGACGUCGUCCCGCGUCCUGUAUUGCAGCUCUGAUAGUUCCAGUGAUGAGAUGGAGAUGCCGUCAGAGAGAAGGAGCUCUCCGACCUGCUCCCACGGCUCGGAGGGACACAAGGCGCCAGAUGCCAGCAGGACUAAGAAAGAGAACCUCACGACUUCCGAAAAGAAAGACAAAGGCAGCAAAGUAAAGAAGAAGAACAAGAGCAAGAGCAAGAACAAGGAGAACCAGGAGGAUGGGAAGGAAAACAGCAAAGCUCUGGUGUUCUCCGUAGCCACCGUGUCGGAGACACACACGGAUAAGAACAGCCGGGGACUCUGUGGGGACGAAGACUCGUUCAAGAUGUCCUUCAGUCCCAAGGACGACUCGUCCGUCCACCUCUUCCAUCUGUCUGCCACCGUCAAGUCCCCGAAGCUCAACCACGGCCUGGCCGACAAGCAGCCGUCCUCCAACCCGCUCAAACAGGAGAACGCCAAGAUGACGUGCGUCUCGAUUGCCGAAGGCCCCUGUCCGCCAGAUGGUGUCAAGUACAACCACUACAACCCAGAGUCUGAGUUCUGCACAGAGAGCUCCAGUAGUAAAGGCUGCAAGCACAAGGAGAAGAGCAAGCACCACCAGAAUGACGUCACCGUGGACGCUGGUGGUGGUGCUGUGGGGGAAGAUGGAGGCUCCAGUCCGUAUAAUAAAGACGGCAGCGUUGCCAACAGCGUGGACGUCACUGAAGGUGGUGCCUUACGGAAGACGGAUAAGGACGGCAAGGUGGUCAAGAAGCACAAGUUAAAACACAAGGAGAAGGACAAGCCCAGGAGGGAGUAUGAGCCAGAGAGGAACCGCCACCGGCAGAAAGAGGGCAGUAGGAAGGACGGCCACAGGAACCUGGAAUUCGACCGUGAGUUCUGGAAAGAGAACUUCUUCAACGAUGACGAACCUUUGCCUCCAGGGAAAAUGGAGAGGGAGGACUGCGGAUCUCCUCAGAAUACCUCAACAUCGGGCAGCUCUCCUGUGAAGGAAGAGAGAAAAGAGACAAAAGAGAAACACCCCUCUAGCAUCAGCAGCAAGGAGAAGAGGCCGAGAAGAGAAGAGGAGCGCUUGAAGAAGGAGAGGAAAGAACCCUCGUCUGUCUGUAAAGAGGAGAGAGGGGGAAAGGAUGGGAAGCUCAGUGAGCGUGAGGAGAGGACUGAGUGCCUAAGCUCUGUACGGGUUUCGGUUCCUGAGGAGACGCAGCAUAACUCCACCAGUGGGAAAGACGAACCGGAGGAGAAACCGGUAACGGGGACCACAUCUACGGCUGAUUCAGAUCAGCUGGAUGCCUCUGAGAAAUGCCAGCGGGACAAAUACGACAGGAGGUCUUCUGUAAAGGACCGUGAGGCUGACAAGACGGAUAAAAAGCAUCCCGACAAAGAAAAGAAAGUCAAGAUUGAGCACCCUGAGAAAUCAGAGAAUUCACAGAAUUCCAUGGAUCGCUGGAAAGAGAGGGAGAAGGAAAGGAUGGCGUCCCCUGGUGACAAGAACCACAAAGAGAUCGAGAAGCUCAGAGCCUUGUCCGCGACGAAAAAACACGAGGAGAGCAAGGACAAGAAGAGCAAAGACAAGCCAGAUAAGAGGAGUGACAGGGUGAGGGAGUACAACGCGGGAGAACACAAAGACAGGACAAGCUCCGAUAAGAAAGGAAAACCACCUUUAGAGAAAUCCAUGGACCACAGUAAAUCCGAUCGCUCUAAGGAAAAGGAGAACGACAAAGACUGCGAUAAGAAGAAAAAAGAAAAAUCUAAAGACAGCUCUUCCUCAUCUUCCUCCAGCUCUAACCUGAAGCUCCUCUUGGAGGAGAAGGGCUAUGUGUCUGAAAGUGGCAAGACAUUACCAGCAAAACUACUGAAGACAGAGGACCUCCUAAAGACGCCAGAGAAAGACCGGAGAGACCGAGAAUCCAGAGACUCUGACAGGCACCGAGAUCGGGACAAAGACCGUUCCAAGGACCGUUCCAAGGAGGGUAGCAAGGCCAGUAAGACCAAACCCAAUGAGACAGAGGCUAACCGAGACAACAGGUCCAAAGCUAAAGCCUCGUCUGCCACCCGGGAAGAGCAGAAGCCCAAAGAGAAACGCCUGGUCAACGAAGACCUGAGGCAGACCAGCUUCGAACGGAUGCUGAGUCUGAAGGACCAGGAGAUUGAACAGUGGCACCGGAAGCAUCUAGAAAAGAUCAAACAGAAGGAGCGGGAGAGGAUGAAACAACGGCCCUCCUCUACGACGACAGACCCAGGGAAGCUCAAAAGCAAAGCCAAAGCCAAGACGACGUCCUCGUCUUCUGGAGAACCGUGCUUGAGCAAAGAAUUGCUUCGCUCCAAGAGCUCUGAAGGCUCCUCCGACGUUCACUGUCGGGACAGAGACAAACCCCUUAAGGACAGCACCAGCUCCAGGACCAUGUCUCUGGACGGGAAGACACUCUCCUGCCUCAGUGGGAAGCUGAUGGCUGGUAUGGAGAACAGCUUGAGCAGGUCACCCAGGCCAGAAAGCCAGCGGUCGGGUCUCAUGUCCAGGUCUGUGUCUAUGGUCUCUGUGGCCAGCUCUGAAGACUCCUGUCAGGCUACAUUGCUGACGCCGAGACCUAUUGAGUACGACUCGGAUAUGACCCUGGAACCCUCCCAGGACUUUCAGCUGCCUUUCCUCCUGUCUUCCUUCCUCUCGUAUCCUGCCGUUCACGACAACAUUCUUCUAGAAGAGCCGGGGCAAGAUAACCAGACUCCGCUGCAGAGCAGAAACGCUUCCCCCUGCCUUAGGGCUAUUCUGGACGAAGACGCUAACUGUGCGACGGCGUCUGAGGGCAGACCUUUCGAAACUCUGUCCAAGGCCGCCGUGGUGCCUGCUGCUCAACCCAGUGAAGAGCCCACAAGUGUUCAGCCUUUAGAGACCUGUGCAGAUCCAGAGGAGAGCCAGAGUCAAAGUGAUCCAAUUCAGAUGCUUCCGAAUCUUCCUAAUGCAAUAACAGAUGCAGAUCUCAACACUGAGAGUAAAGGGAACACCGCUUCAGGUGUCUAUCUCCCACCUCAAGCGUACAACACCAGAGAUCCUCACAUAAAGCACUCCUCAACACUUCAGCAGGCUAGUGUCCCACAGCUAGCUACACCAGAACAGAGAGGGUUUUCUUCCACCUCUGAUCCUCUCCUAAUACGGGACGUCCAGUGUAUCCCCGUGGAGACCUCCAGUGCGGCACCUGAAUGUAGCAUAAAGGACCUGCCCUCUGAGGACAUGACGCCACUGGUGACAUUAUCUUCUCUAUCCUGUCAACUGCCGUUCUCCAGGACCGAAACCACCUCAUCUCUCUCUGCUAGCCAGUUAUGGGAAAUCCUUCCAAACACCAGUAUGGUGACCUCACAGCAGAUGCAGACAGAGACUGAUGGAGAUCUGGCUCUUGAUCCUAAAGAUAAAACUCCAGUUGAGAGUGCAGCCAGCAGCGCUGAAAGCAGAGCAGCUGUAGAGAGCCUUCAGAGUGCGUUAGGAGCCUCUAGACCGGAAUGGAUGGACAACCCAGUAGCCUCCACCAGCGCUAGCUCAGAGGACUCCAUGAUGACCACCAGCAAAACCAAGGACUCCACGAUGAUCACCAGCAAAACCAAGGACUCUCCAGAGGAGAUGGACACUGACGUGAACAGUGAAGACUGUAAGAAAUCCAGAUUCUCCAGUGACAUUGUGGGUCCUAGCGAUCCUCAGCCGGACAAAAACUAUCAUACUAGCCAGCUUACGUCAUCCACUGUGUCGCGCUGCUCGAGCCCUGAACACAAGGAAGAAGAAACUUCUGAUGCUCCUGAUCGCAUAUUGGAGAAGUGGAGUGGUCCCGAGGCCAUGUCAACAGAAAAGGCUAGCUGUUGGUCUUCGUCAGAGGGCAGUAGUAUGGUCACCAUCCCUGAGGUGAAGGCAGAGCCAUGCCAAGAGCCUACCUCCGAGGAGAGACCAGAAGGACAGACUCCCUCGAUUGUUGGAUCAGACCAAACCCAGAGUGUUUCUGGACAGAGUAGUAACUUCCAGCAGGGCUCCCAGACAGACCAGAGUGUUAGUAGUUACAGCAGCAGUGGGGUCUCUGCUAGCUCUUCCCCCCAGUCUGGGGACAGAGACUCUGACUCCUCCGGGGCUAAGGCCAAGGUCCUCUCCCUAACCAUGGAGGAGGACCAGGACUUCCAGCAGACCCACCCCAGAAAGAAGAAGAUGCCCAGAUUGUCUACCUCCAACCAGGCUGGAGGCAGCAUGCAACAGGAGUCUCUGGCGUCCAUCGUUGACUCUCUGAAGCUGGAGGAGAUUCAGCCGUACCAGACGGAGAGGGCCAACCCUUACUACGAGUUCCUGCACAUCCGCAAGAAGAUCGAGGAGAAGCGUAAAGUGCUGCUGAGCGUCAUCCCCCAGCCGCCGCAGUAUUACGACGAAUACAUGACUUUUACUGGAUCAUACCUGCUAGACGGGAACCCGCUCAGCAAACUCUGUAUUCCAACUAUCACUCCUCCUCCGUCUCUUCCGGACCAACUGAAGGAGAUGUUUAAACAACAGGAAGUUGUUCGUAUGAAGCUACGGUUGCAACACAGCAUUGAACGGGAAAAGCUGAUUGUUUCCAACGAGCAGGAGGUGUUACGAGUCCACUACCGGGCCGCCAGAACGCUAGCCAAUCAGACGCUCCCGUUCAGUGCAUGCACCGUGCUAUUGGACGCUGAAGUGUAUAACAUGCCUCAGGAUGCCCAAUCAAGUGGCAUGAUGUCACGCACUGUCGAAUCAGGUGACCAAGAUGGCAAGACGUCGGUGAGGGGCCGUUUCAACGCCCGCCAGUUCAUGUCCUGGUUACAAGACGUGGACGACAAGUUCGAUAAACUCAAGACGUGUCUUCUGAUGCGGCAGCAGCACGAGGCAGCAGCUCUUAAUGCGGUCCAGCGUCUCCAUUGGCAGCUGAAACUCCAGGAGCUGGAUCCAGUCAUGUACAAGUCCACCUCCAUCUUCGAGAUAUCCGAGUUCUACAUCCCCCUGGUAGAGGUCAACGACGACUUUGACCUCACGCCCAUAUGACCUGUGACCCUUGACCUUUAGGGCUAGGACUGGCAGUCAGGGUCAGGCAGAGGACCGAUGAUUAGGAAGGAUCAUCUAGUGGCCCAUCUACCUCUUAACGGGGAUAAAGAGAUGGAGAGAUGAAGGGAUGGGAAAACGUGAGGCACUUGGAACAUGGAUGUGUGUAGAGAGCACCGUGUGUGUGUGUGUGUGUGUGUGUGUGUGUGUGUGUGUGUGUGUGUGUGUGUGUGUGUGUGUGUGUGUGUGUGUGUGUGUGUGUGUGUGUGUGUGUGCAGCACUUCUCUAAAUGUGGCUGAGCUCCUAUGGUAGACACAACAGAGACACCAC